AUGACCAGCCUAGAGCCGGGCCACGUGCGCAGGAGCGCGAGCAGCGGUUCCGUUAGCAGUAGCGGCGGGAGUUGGGACGCGCGGAGCGGCAGCUGGUUCAAUGAGGACCUGCUCCAGUCUCUGCCGAGGCUCCCGGAGCUCGAGGACUACCCGUGGAGUGCGCACGAGCUGCGGGAGCUGGUACGGCGCGUGUGUGGCUGGGAUGCGUUUACCGGAGACGCGGUGCGGCGGCUGUCCGCGGUGAUGAGAAACCCGUUAAUGAGAAUUGCGCGCGAGGCUCAGAGACUGAGUGCGGUGCACCGGCGGUGCACGCGCCUGGAGGUGCAGAGCGCAGUGCGGGUCGUUCUGAGCACGGGGCUCUCGGAGCGGUGCGUGGCGGCAGCGGUGCGCGCCGUGUCUCUCCACUGUAUGAGCAGCGACACCGCGCGCACGCGCAGCAAGUCCUCCAGCUGCGGGCUCUUGCUCUCCGUGGGCCGCUUCUUCAGGUGGAUGGUGGACACGCGCGUGUCUGUGCGUGUGCGUGAGUAUGCAGCUGUGUACCUCACGGCGUGCACAGAGCGGCUCGUGGAGGAGAUCGUGGUGCGCGCGCUGCACGCGGCCAGAGAGAACCACGAGCCCGGACCCGUGACAGCCGCGCGCCUGGACUCCACCGUGGACCUGGACCCGGAGCUGUGGGCCCCUCUGCAGGUGCACGCGCAGCUGCUCAGCGGCAGGAACGCGCACGGUGAGCUAUGUGGCCACGCCCUCCUCUCCUGCCCUGCUCCUCAGGCCUCAACAGAGAGCAGGGAGGACAUGUACCUUCAAAUGGAGCUGCAGUCUUUGGAACAGGCACUAAGUGGCGCUACAGUGAGCAGUCUCCCUGAGCUGUGUGAUCUGGUGUCUCGGGCGAUGCACUUCCUCUAUCGCCCACAGCCCGCCCCCUCUGCUCCAUCAGCCAAUCACACGCUGGUAUCAUGGACCCCAGACGCUCUGCACACUUUGUAUUACUUUGUCUCAGCCCCACAAACUGAGCACAUGGAAAAUCUCCAGUCUUCAAACAUGACACUUACAAGAGAGAAGUGUCCUCAUCUCCUCCCUCCCCUCUCCUCCUGGCUGCAUAUCUCCCUGAUGUUCUCGGAGCACAGACGUAGUUCUGUGGUGGAUAGUGAUGAUGUGAGACAGAGCUGCAGAGUCCUGCUGCACCAGGACUGCGAGCCCACACUGCUCAGGUCUGACUCCAGUGUGUCAUCGUCAUGGAGAUCCCUAGACGCUGCGUCUGCCCUGGGGCGGUUUAGGUCAGACCUGGGCUUUAAGAUGCUCUGCUCCGGAAGGGUCGAUCUGCUCAAGGAGGCCUCCAACCUGCUGGGAGAGAGAGGGGUGGAUACUGUAGAUGAACGGGGUCUGAGUGCUCUGAUGUACGCCUCUGCAGCUGGAGACGAGGCUUUGGUCCAAGUCCUGAUUCAGGCCAGAGCUCAGCUGGACCUAAAGGUCCCUGUGUGCUCCAGGACUCAUCCCUCAGUCUCUCCUGGGACCAGACACUGGACGGCUCUGACUCUGGCUGUGCUCCACUCUCACCUGUCUGUGGCUCAGCUGCUGUUGGAGGCGGGGGCAGAUGUGGAGGCUCAGGUUGGAGGGGCUCAGGACUGUUCUGUGGAGACACCUCUGCAACUGGCCUCCUCUGCAGGAGACUAUGAGAUGGUGAGUCUGCUUCUCUCCUAUGGGGCCGACCCUCUGCUCCCAGUGCAUCAUGGGAGCUCUGCCCUGUCUGAGAACAUCAACUGUUUCAGCUGUGCAGCCGCUCAUGGACACAGAAACAUUGUACGCCGAUUGGUCCUUCAGCCCGCCCCCUGCAGAGAGGACGUCCUAUCACUGGAGGAGAUCCUGGCUGAGGGCGUGGACCAGGGGCACCCAUGGGAGAAGGGCACCCAAGGGACCCUCCGCAUGUGUAAGGCUCGACUCAAGGCUCUGCAGGAGGCUUCAUACUACAGCGCGGAGCACGGAUACCUGGACGUGACUCUGGACAUCCGAGACAUGGGUGUCCCAUGGAGCGUGCACAGCUGGCUGCAGUCUGUGCUCAGGGCUCAUGACCAGGGCAGAGAUAGGGUCGUACUUGCUCUGCUCCAGGACUUUGGCUCCAUUUCCUCUGAAAACUACAGUCCCGAGUUUAGAUUAACAGGAGUCUCAGCGCUGUUCAACCUCCUGCAUAACACGAAGGACUACAUGAUCCUGCAGCGUCUGGCCUGGGUGCUGUCUCUGUCUUAUGGACCAUCCCCUGUCCCUCCUGUCCCUCCUCUGGAUGUGUCACUAUCCACUCACCUCGACGUGCACUUCCUGAACAACCAGGAAAUGUCCGACGUGACCUUUAUGAUCGAGGGACGACCGUUCUUUGCUCAUCGAGUUCUGCUCAUCUCCGCCUCCGACAGGUUUGGGCAGCUGCUGAAUGAGUCACCUGACGCCAUUAUCCACAUCGAUCACAUGACCUACAGCACUUUCCAGUUGAUGAUGAAGUCUCUGUACUGUGGAGGGACACCUGGAGUCACUCUGGCUUAUGAUGAAGCUCUCAAGUUGUUUCCGGUCAGUGUCUUCUUCAGGCUGCGCUCUCUGCAGAGGAGCUGUGAGGUCACUCUGUCCCAAGGUCUCACUGUGGACAACGCUGUGGCCGUCUACAGGGUCGCCAAGCUGAAUUCCGCCACAGAACUGGUCUCCUUCUGUGAGGGCUUCUUCCUGCAGAACCUCCCCUCUCUCCUGGAGCGUGAGGACUUCCACCGUCUGCUGCUGGGAAGCUGUGGUCUGGAGAAGACGUUCCCAGAGACGGAGCUUCAUUCUGGGGCAGGGCUCGACCAGGACCAGGGCCAAAGCUCCAGACUUCUGAUGGAUCUGGAGACCGCACUCAAAGAAAGACUGGUGACGCUCUGUCCCUCAUGUCGGGACUAG